CAGCCAUCAUAUAAAAUAGAAAUAGUAAACAAGAGUUUAGGUUAGCUUAAAGAGAUAUUUAUUUUUGUACACCUCUGUAUUAAUAAGCUAGCCCUUCUAUUUAAAAUAUUUGCAUUUUACGUAUCAAAAUGUGAUUUACAACAUAAUUUAACAAUAGCAAAGCCAAAAACUUGGGUGGCGAAAACGGCACCUCACCGCUAUAUAUUGAAAAAAGAAGAAGAAGAAUUUGCAGAAUAAUUGAAUGAUGGCUACAAGUAACACUGACGAGAAUAUACUCAAAUAUGAAAACUUCAUAAAUGACGUAUUAAAGGAAGACCUUAAGAAAUUGGAGAUAAGGUUGCAGAUGAUCAAUGGAGAAGUGGCAGACCUCAUUCAACAAAAGCACACUCUAAAAGUUAUUUCUGAUAAGAACGUACAUCCUUCAGGAUUUAAGACUCAGGUGAACUUAGGCUGUAACUUUUUCAUGGAAGCCUCUGUAACAGACAUGUCAACUUUACUCAUGAAUGUGGGAUUAAAUCAUUUUGUAGAGUUUACCAUAGAUGAAUCAAAUAAAUAUUUGGAUAUAAGAAUCAAGGCAUUCGAAGAAAAGGCUGCAGAGUUACAACAGAAAGCAGCGGAGACAAAGGCGCAUAUCAAACUAAUGCUGCUUCAUAUAGGUGAAAUGUAUGAACAAAAGGGUUUUAAGAACAGUUGAUGUCACUUUGUAGUCUUAAGGAAAUCUAUUUUGAUAAUCAUUGUAGUUUCUAAGACUAUACUUUUAUAAAAAUGGCAUAAAUUAAAUUCUUAUUGGCAGAUGAUUACAUAAAAUGUUUUGUACUGUAAUAGCAAUAAAAUGUCAAACAAUUAUAUGUCAUGUAUAUUCAUAUCGACAUUGGAAAAGCAACGCCACUUCGAGGCUGCUUAAAAUUGACAUUAAAUAAAAACUGAAAUUAAGUUCUUAUUUAAGUAGCACCAAUUUUUCACAUAUGUAUGGA